AUAAUAUUGUGUUGUUGAUUGUUUAUUACAGUGUUUAAGGUCGUUCCAACGGAAAUAAUGACAUCAUUAAUGGAGGUUGGUUAAUUUUGAUGAGGCCAGUUUUAAGACAACGGAAAAGGGAAAGUAAUAAGAGUCAUACCAAUAACUGUGUUUCAUGGUUUUUUUUCAUGCUUACACUUUCAGCAACAACAGCAACUAGGAAGAGCAACCAAAGAUCAACCUUUUUUUAUUUCGUCUUCUUUAUCAUCAUCACCAUUUUCAUCCUCUUUCUCUCUCUUUCUCUCUCUCUCUCUCUCUCUCUGUGUUUGUAUUUCUUACAAAAUCCAGUUACUCCAGCUAGUUGAUUUUACCAGCGUCAACGUAUUGGCAACAGCCAAAGGAAUCUGCUAAAAAUAAGAAAAGUUUCUCACUCAACUUCCCAUCAUUUUCAUCAUCAUCAUAACUUUCUCUUCUUUUUUCAUCUUUUAUCGUUAUUAUCAUCAUUCUCGUCUGUCUUUAGUAUGACUUUCAUUUGCGUUUUUCAAAUAUCAUAAUAAACAACAACAAAAACAGCAAUAGUAACAGCCGCAACCUCAAGUAUUGCUAUUGAUACUUCUUUCCAUAUUAUUACCAGUUUUUUUGUUCAUUUUUUACUUGUUAUUUAACCCGUUGUUUUGCUAUCGACUAAUAAAUACAUCAAUUUGAUUAGUUUUGAUAAUAACCAGUAAACAAGCAGCUCAAUCAACACUCACACUCAACACAUUCACCAUAAAUUGUUUAAUGACUUUAUUUUAAACAACUUCAAUUAUUGUGCUUAUGCUAAUACCAAUCUCCAAAAUUUAAACCUUUUUUAUCACAAGUUUAACCAGGAAAACCCUGAACCGGAAAAGCAAACCAGAAAGAAAUGGAUUUUUUACUUCAAAUUUUAUCGAUUUUCACAAUUAUUUUGUUCAACUUUACAGAUUUUGGAUUAACUCAAGGCUAUGAUUGUGCAUCACAAAUCCGUAAUGUUGAACAGCGAUGUAAAGAAGAGGCUUUUGGUUGGAUCAACUAUUCAGGUAUUGGUAAAGAAUGCUGUCGAAACAUUGCCUUAGAUAGAUGUAUGAAACAACGGGUGCCUCGAGAAUGUCAAUCAUUGGCAACCAAUUGGUUAUCACCAGAGCUUCGAAAUUGGAUUUACACGGCUUGUAACAACUUUAAUGAGCGUCGUUGUGAAGAACUAUUAUUUCACUGUAACCGUCAAAGAGAGGAAAGGAUUGCUGAUUGUACACGAAUUGGUCAAAAAACUUGGUCCGGGGAAAGUUUAAAGGAUCGAUGUUGUUUAAGCCAUAAUGUGGAGAAAUGCCUUAAAACCCGAAAUAUUGAUGAAUGCUAUGACAACUCAUACUCAUUGGCAACUUACCUUUCCCAAUCACGAGAUUACAGAUUGAGACAAAGCUGUGAUGAAUUUACCGAUAUUUCUGCCUGUGAGGAUAAUACAUGGACUAUCAUUUUAUUAGGAAUUCUGGUUCUUGUUUUAGCCAUUGUUUUAAUUGUUCUUUGUGUCUUCCUGGUUUUAUACUGUCUCAAAAGACGUCGAACCAAGUAAUGUUUUUAAAGGAACGAAAAACGGAAUUUUUUUUCUUUUUUUGUCAACCCAUCCCAACUAAAACCACUGGACUUUAUCAUUUUUAAAUUAUGGGUCGUCAUGUUAAUAUAAAUGUAACCAAACCAAACCAUCAAAAAUAAGACAAUUCAUGUAAUGAAAAUAAUAUCAAUUUCUCGCUCCUUUUCAUUAUUUUCUCUUUUUCCUCCAAUCUAUGUAUCUUACCUCUUUUAAUAUCAAAGUGUUCAUGCUAAACAAAAACAUAUUCAUUCAGAAAAACGAGAGUUGAAUUGAUCUUUCGUUGAGAUUUUGAUGAUUGUAACAACCAUUUCUUGUUAGCUCUAUUAACUUAAUCGAAAACAUUGCCCACUGUUUCAUGCAAUCAACAACAAUCAAAUUACCAAAACCUACAAAUGUUGUUAUAAAACUUUUAUCUUUUGAUUAUUAAAAACUUGUUCAGAAGAUUCA